UAUCUUGAGAAAAUUGUCAGAAGCGAAAUGAGAAUUUUUGUGCCGAGUUACUCAAAGUAACGUUCAUUCGAUAACUCAAAAUGGCGGCUGUGUUUACCAAAGUUUACAGUAAAAACAUUUAUAGAGCGUUUAGUUUUUCCAAACGAUUUUUUUAUAAUGUGUUUGAAAGCAGAUUGGUCUCGGAAACAACAACGAACUGUCUUUCAAAAUUUACAAGCCUGAAAUGUCAACCAAGUUAUUUCCGAAGAAUGCACACAUCUCUCAAAUGCCACAGUGAAAUCGUUCAAUUCAAAUUAGCUGAUAUAGGUGAAGGAAUAGCUGAAGUGCAAAUCACUGAGUGGUAUGUAAAAGAAGGUGACAUUGUUAAAGAGUUUGAUCAAGUUUGUGAAGUAAAAAGUGACAAAGCUUCAGUUACUAUAACGAGUCGUUAUAAUGGUGUAAUUAAAAAACUCUAUUAUGAAACAGACGAGGAAGCUUAUGUUGGAAAGCCACUCGUUGAUAUUGAAGUUAACUCUGAAAGUCGUCAAACAACUGAGCCAAUUACUAUGAUACCCGAACCAGUAGCAACUGCUUCUGAAACUUUUGAAACAUUACCUCCCCUUCCAAAAAUGCAAGUUUCGUCUGCAAAUUCAAAUAAAUCAAAUGUGCCAUUGUCACCAACUGUUUAUACUGGUUAUGAAGGUCGAAGUAUUGUACCUACGACACCAGCUGUUAGAAAGAUUGCAAAAGAAAAUCAGAUUAAUUUAUCAGAUGUUCCUGCCACUGGUAAAGAUGGUCGUGUUUUAAAAGAGGAUGUUCUAAAGUUUAUUGAAAAACACAAAAGUGAUUCUUCUACAAACCUUCCUUCUUGUUCAUUGCCUUUUUCAACAAAUCAAACUGAAGAUAAAAUUUUGCCACUUAAAGGUCUACAAAAAGUAAUGUUCAAAACCAUGCAAGCUUCAUUGUCUAUUCCACAUUUUGGUUAUUGUGAUGAAGUUGAUGUAACAGAACUAACACAAUUGCGUAAAGAUUUAAAAGAACUAUGUAAAGAAAGAGGAGUUAAACUGUCAUUUAUGCCAUUCUUUUUGAAAGCUGCUUCAAUGGCUUUAUUAAAAUAUCCUAUUCUUAAUGCAACAUUGGAUGCACAACAAACUAAUGUGAUUUUUAAAAAAUCUCAUAAUAUUGGUGUUGCUAUGGAUACUAAAGAUGGUCUUCUUGUUCCUAAUAUCAAAGAAGUACAAUUAAAGAGUAUUUUUGAGAUAUGCGAGGAAUUGAACAGGCUGCAUGAACUAGGAAUGAAAGGAAAAAUAGGACCAACUGAUAUGUUGGGAACAACUUUUACAAUUUCAAAUAUUGGUUCUAUUGGUGGAACUUAUGCACAUCCUGUUAUUUCACCACCUCAAGUUGCAAUUGGUGCUUUGGGGAAAAUUCAAACUGUACCUCGAUAUGAUUCUAAUGGAAAUCUUGUAAAAGUGAAUAUAUUUAAUGUUAGUUGGUCUGCAGAUCAUCGCAUCAUAGAUGGUGCAACUAUGGCGCGUUUUUCUAAUUUAUGGAAAUCACAUCUUGAAAAUCCUUUUUCUAUGAUUCUUGAUUUAAAGUAGUUUUUCUAUGCUUUAUUAACUAAAUGUAUUUAUUAUUAUUGAUACGCAUCGUGUAAAAUUU